CCGACCUCAUGGACCAAGCAACCGCCUCUCAAGCUGUCAAGCGCAAGAGGGACCACUUGGAGUCAGCCUACAGCAAGAAGGUUGACCAAGCGCAUCGCAACGGACAACCCAUCCCUCCCAAGCCCGAACUCCCCGAGGUCCCUCGUGUCAAGCAGCAUCCUCUCUCUGUUGUCGAUGCCAAGGCCAUCCCGAGGACUUGCCCUUGCUCAUGUACACCAAGGCCUUCGUCGAGUGGGAGGAGAAGGAAUUGAACAUCGGGACCGAUGCUACGCCAAGCGGCUUCCUCUCGCUCUUGGCCCCCACUGAUGCUUCAUCAUCCUCCCCGGCUGUCGGCACGCCCAAGCCCUCUCAGAAGGGCAAGAACAAGGAGUUCGGCACGCCAACUCCCUCCGGAGGUACGACCAUGUGUCAUGGACGUGCUGAAAGCGCAAGUUCGGUUGCGUCGGGUCCACCCAGCACGCCCAUGCCCUUGGGCUUGCCCUUCAGCCCUACCGUCCCUCCUUCCACCCAGCCCAUGAGCACGCCGACGGCCACCUCGACUGUCAGCUCCCCCUUGCACAUCUUCGAUGCUGCUGAAACAAGCCGCAUGGUGCAUACCGUUGGACGUGGCAAGGUCCUCACCCUGGCCCCCACCAAGUCCUUCUCCAGGCUUGUGUUCAAGGCUACUCCCGCAUGCGCGACUUGCCCUAUAACACCCGUGCCGCCUGCGAGAACUUCUUCCAUGAUGUUGGAGAAGAACAUGCUUGUCAAGUCGAAUACAACUUGCGCGUCUUGUACUUCUUCGAUCAUCCUGGUACUUGGACGGACAGCAUGAGCGACUUCAUCCCCUCGACCUACUGGAAGGACAUCCACCCGGUCAUGAACGAGGAUCGCCUCCUCGACAUUUGUAACGGCACCUUCUGAGACAAGGACAAGGACAAGGAUCGGAUGGGCAACAGGGAGGGCAGGUGGGCAACAGGGAGGGCAGGUGGGCAAGUUUCUCUUUUUCAUACACAUGGUUCAAGUUUCCCGCAUGGCCUGCGCAUGUGGGAUGCCUCGCUUGGCCUGAGCAUGGGGGAGGUCUCGUAGUUUACAAAAAAGCGCUUGUUUUCUGUUCACUCAUGUACAACGCUUGCUACGAGUUCUUGUAGUACAGAAUGAAUAUGGAAGCA